AUGUCCGACCUCAAAGUUGACGGCUUCCAGGCAUGUAUCUUAGCGCCACAAUCGGCCAAGCUUUCUAACCUCCUAUGCCAGUCCUCUGACCUCAUUGCUGCUAUCAAUGAGCAGUUCAGCACCAUGAGCGACACAGAAAAGGCUGCUCAGGUGAACGGCAUUAUCGAGCUCGAAGUCACCAACGCAGACAAAGUCACCACGACAUGGACAUUGGAUCUGAAGAAGACUGGCACUGUUUACCUCGGCAAGGCAAAGACCAAGGCCGAUGUUACGGUCAUCCUAUCAGACGAGACUCUUGUCGGACUUGCAACUGGCAAGCUUAACGGCCAGAAAGCUUUCAUGACUGGCAAACUCAAGACGAAGGGCAACAUGAUGCUUGCAACAAAACUCGAUGGUGUGCUCAAGGCGGGCAAGCCUAAAGCGAAGCUGUAA